AGUUUUACGACAUUGUUUUAUAUAAAUUAAUAUCAUUUCAAUGUUUUUCUUUUUUUAUACAAAAUGUUUUUUCUCCAUGAAUUUGCUGUUCAUUGUGGUGAAUAGCUUUAAGUUUCCUAUCGCUAGAAUUUCAGUUCAAGCAAAUGGUAUCUCACGGGUGGAGGUCGUUGCGUCAAAUUUCACAAAUCAUGAAUGAAUUCUAAGUUCUGUUAUACAUUUCUUACAAAUUAACAACAUUGUUAACUGUAUAUUCGAUAAAACAUAUUAAACAAUGAAUGAAGUAAGCGGAGGAAAACAAGAUAUACCUAAUACUUCUACUUGGGAGACGUUGCCCGGGCAGUCCGCAUCGUUAUCUACAAUGCAUCAUCAUCAUCAGUCGCUGCAACAAGAUGCAAAUCCAACGGUUACGCAAGUUAUAGUUCCUACACCUGUAAAACUUCAAGCACCUAUGUUAAAUUCUACGCAAACCGUAGCCGAUCAUUGUUCGCAACUUGGACACAUGCAACAAUCAAAUUUAAUAACACAGGGUACACCGCCAGGAACAUUCGCAGAACCUGAAUUGUCGCCUGAACUACAGCAACAAGGAUGGAAAAAGUGUUGGAGUAAACGUGAAAAUCGUCCAUAUUUCUGGAACAAAUUAACAGGAGAAUCUUUAUGGGUAAUACCACCUUUGAAACCUCAGUUUGACCCAAUUACGGAUCCGCUUGGUAUCUGCGGCGUUCCACCUGUUGCUGGAAACGGUGCCAUACCUUCAGGAGGAACGCUCAAGCGUAGAGCUUCAGAGGACAGCGUUGUUCCAGCAGCGAAGAAAUUUGUUUUAGCCGGCCCAUGGGAUUUGGAAAUUCCAACGAACGUUAUAAUAUACGAGAGAGCACCAUCAAAUUUACCGCACGUUCACCCUGAAACGGAAGCGUUACGUUGCGGUUUGCUUGCAAAAUUGAGGCAAUGUUAUCAAGAAUUGUGUCAUACCCGUGAAUCGAUAGAUGCCCCUAAGGAUUCUUUCAACAGAUGGUUAAUGGAAAGGAAAGUUAUAGACUGCGGCUCGGAUCCCUUAUUACCGAGUCAGUGUUUUCCGGAAAUCUCCAUGUCUAUGUAUCGUGAAAUCAUGAACGACAUCCCUAUUAAAUUAGUCCGACCAAAAUUCACCGGCGACGCGAGGAAACAGUUGUCACGAUACGCAGAGGCUGCGAAGAAAAUGAUCGAAUCAAGAGCGGCAUCGUCGGAGAGUAGAAAAGUAGUAAAAUGGAACGCGGAGGAUACGUUUCAGUGGUUAAGACGAACAGUUGGUGCUACCUUCGAUGAUUUCCAAGAUCGUCUGGCACAUUUGAAACGACAGUGUCAGCCGCACUUAACAGAGACUGUAAAAGCUAGUGUCGAGGGUAUCUGCCUGAAGAUAUAUCAUUUGUCAACAGAGUAUGCGAAAAAGGUUAAACAUAAAAACAAUCAAAUACUGAAAGAUAACGGUUUAGGGAACGUUAUACCGUUAGGAGGUCCAGCCAGUACUCAAAGAAAAGUUUGGUGUUAUCCGGUUCAGUUUUCUCUUCCAACAUCCCGGCUUCCACAAGUGGAUUAUCUUCCUGAACGUGAACAAACGAUGUUGCGUUUCCACGGUGAUACAUUGUGUAUUAAUAACAUGCAUCUCGCUAAAUUAGAACAUCUGUACAGAUACAAUUGUUUCGACGACAAAAAGUUUGAAAUGUUUUUGCCCCGUGUUUGGUGUAUGUUAAAACGUUACCAAACGUAUCUCGGGAUCAACGAAGGGCAAGCAACGCAAAUGGCUCUCCCGGUUACGGUCUUUGAAUGCCUUCAAAGAUCAUUCGGCGUGUCGUUCGAAUGUUUCGCAUCUCCGUUGAACUGCUACUUUAGACAAUACUGUUCAGCAUUCGCCGAUACGGAUUCGUAUUUCGGAUCGAGAGGACCGUUUCUGGACUUCAGACCAGUCAGUGGCUCGUUCCAAGCAAACCCACCGUAUUGCGAGGAACUUAUGGAAGCGAUGGUCAAUCAUUUUGAACGUCUUUUAGCUGAUUCAACCGAGCCCUUGUCUUUUGUGGUAUUCUUACCCGAAUGGAGAGAUCCAGCGCCUAACGCACUUAUCAAAUUAGAAAGCAGUCAUUUUAAGAGGAAACAAGUAGUGGUACCAGCUAUGGAACAUGAAUAUAGACAUGGAUUUCAGCACAUACUACCAAAAGGUGAAGUUAAUAUUAGAGCAGCACAUGGUACUUUAGUAGUAUGGUUACAAAAUACUGCUGGUACUGCUCGUUGGGGACCCACCGAGGAAAGGGUUGAAGCAUUACUAGAAGCAUGGCGUCCGGGUAGAGAAAGAGAACGAGAUAGACAAGAACUUUUAUCACCGCCAAGGCAAACGCAUCAACCGAUACCUUCAAUGCCUAUUCCGGUUUUAACAACGCCUACAACUCCAACAGUACCGUUACAAACAUUAUCUACACAUCCUAUAUAAUUAUUAUUAAAUUAAAAGGAAGGGUAGCAAAAAAAAGUAAAAUAAGUUUGAUGCUUUUAUUUUCAUUUUUUUUUUUUCUGAAAUUGGUCUGU